AUGUCUCAACCAGCGUCACCAUUCCCACCGCAAUCUCAAUUCUACUCCCCACAGAUCAUGGAUCUAAAUACGCCUCCUCCGCCUCCUCCAAAGCCGAGCAGCCACGAAGCUAGUCGGGGAGGAACCCCGCAAAGCAUGUCCGCCUACCAGCCAGAUCAGACACAGGCACCAGUUCAGCAGCCCUACAUCCCUAAUCCCCCUACAAUUGAGGAAGGCUGGCUUCCAGACCUAGUGAAAGACAAAUCCACUAUCGACCUUCAAACAAUCCUCCAAGAUCCCGCCUUAAUCUCUGCUCUGUCGAGUCUACAUCCUUCCUAUACAGCCCGUCAACAAUCCAUCGAGACCCUGAUCCAUUCAAACAAAGACCUCGCAACCCGCGUGCUCGACACGCAGAACCACCUAGCCGAGCUCCGCGCCUCAACAGAAACAAUGCUCAUUACCCACCAAUCCCUCGAGGUCUCCUGGCGCAAGAAGCAAGCCGAGAUGGAUUCUGCCCUUGCGCCAUGGUCGCCUAAAGCACUGUACCAGCGCUACAGUGCAGCAAUCACGGAACAGGAAGCUGUUUGUCAUGCGGUCGAGGAGAGCUUCCUUGAUGAAGAUCACCAUGGUCGCGCUACAGAGAAGGAAAUUGCGGAUUGGGUACGGCGCGUGAGAGGCGAGGCCUCAAAGCUGGCAGCUAGAAAAGAAGCAAAAGCGAGAUGGGACGAGGGAAGGGUUGGCGGUUGGCGAUAA